AGCAGCAACAAGAGGUCAUCCUCAUCAGCGACGGGACGGGUCAUCAGAUCGAGUCCCGAUGGACCUGUCGGACCCGGUCGUGAGAGCCGUGGUGGAGGAGGUCAUCGACCAGGUCGUGGCGCAGAUCGAAGAAGCGCUAGUCUGGGCCGCGGAGACGGUCGUCGACUCCACAGAGAACCUCAUCUCGACCGUCUUCCAAUUGGUGUCGAAAAACGACAAGGACGAGCCUUAUUCCAUCAAUGACAAAACCAUCAUCACGACGAGUCAUCGGCGUCGCAGCAGCAGCAGUAACAAACACAACAAUAAGUGCCGUCAUUAUCGUCGUCAUGCUGCCAAUGAAAAUAAUACCUGUAUAGCAGCCAGCAUCAGACCUCCAGCAACGCCGGAAUCAUGUCGUCGUAGUCGUCGUCGUGACGACGAUGAGGGCAUCACUCGUCGUGCGAAAUUAUCAGACGACGACGACUGCUUUGCAACAGCGCCUGAAGAUGGCGGCAAUUGCGACAGUGGCGUCGUCACGACGAACAUCACACACGACGACAGCUUCAUCAGCAGUAAUAAUGCGAGACGGAAGCUGAAAAAAGUCUUG